AUCCGCCUAAGGGUAAAAUCCCCUUGGCCUAGGGGCACCUAGCCGCCUAGGCCGAUUUUUACAACAUUGAUUCUAACAUAUUGAGCUUAUAAAUACAAAAGCCAAAAUACUCUUUACGCCGCCAGUAUGGCAUUGUGGUCGAGGAGAAUCUCUAGAUUCUCUUCUACGGCAACCCUGACAAAGUCACCCCUGAAGUUAACUCUAAUGGAUUACCAGAUUACUAAUGGGAGGCUGCCUUAGGUGAGGUAAUAUGGCUCAUUAACUAGAUCGGUCUGUUUAGAACAUCAAAAGAGCAUUGAGUCGAUUAUUCAUUUUUUAAUUUGAAUGUUUAGUUUGAAUAUCAGUUUAUAUAGUCAGCUAAUCUCUUUUCAAAUUUAGCUAUCGUUGCUUUUCAGCUUUUGUUUUUUUCUGGGGUACUAUAUUAACUUGUUUUCAUCUGGUGUUCGUUCAUAUCCUGUGGUCUUGAUCCACCAACUCGACUUUGCUUGUUGGUUAAAGUGCUUAUGGGGCUUGCCUUCAUGUUUUCCACGAGCAUCCUGCUACAGAUCCUGGCUUGUGCAUUAUACAACAAUUGGUGGCCGAUGUUAUCAGCUCUUAUGUAUGUCGUGGUCCCCAUGCCUUGUAUGUUCUUUGGCGGUGGUUCCACUCAAUUCUUAAUCAGUCGAGAUGGUGGCGGCUGGAUUGACGCUGCGAAAUUCCUAACCGGGGCAUCUGCAGUCGGGAGCAUUGCCAUCCCCAUCAUUCUGAGACACGCAGAUCUGAUCGGGACAGGGGCCAUGUUCAUCGAGUUCACCUCGUUCUUCAUAUUCGUCUGCACCGUCUUGUGCUUUCACCACGCCAGCCUAGACGACGAAUGGUGAAAAACCGUUGCCCUCGGUGUAAGCAUUUUCUGUGUAAACAUUAGGGUUAAGUGGUUAACCGGAACUGUGAAUUUGGGAUCUUCGGAGAAGAAAAUGAGAAAUUUCAGUUUGUGUAUAAAAUUCUAAGCAAUUAAGCAUGUUGUGUCUGUGUUCCUCGUCCGACACUCAGAUUCUGAUACCUCAUACCUGUGCUGAAUGUUCCACUCAGGUCACUUGUACAUCAUUAUAUUAUUCUUCUUACCGAA